CGGGAUCUGAUCACAAUCAGGCUCGUCAGUAUUGGCUCCAAAGGACGAAUCCAGCAAGAAUUACAUCACCUUUUAGACUACUCCUCCUACAACACGAAAUCGUUACCUUCAUUAUCAUCUUCUCCCUUCUUAACCGUAGCAACUCCGUGAAGUUAGGAAGAAUGAUUGAGAGCAAAACCUCUAUUUCCUACAUUGAAUUCAAUUAGUUUUGAACUCAAGACAGCAGGAGAAACUUGCGGUGGAUAAUCCAUGAUCCAUUCUACUACCCCACCAACACAAACCAUUCAUUUACUUUUGUUCAGAGCGUCAGGCACACUACAUUGACUUUAAUAUCCUCACUUUGUCCUUUAUAUGCUACGCUCCCUCGUGCCCACUUUCCACUCCCACUUUUCCUCUCCACUAAUAUGGCAAAGCUUUUGUUUCUUUCCCUCACCGGCCUCCUCGCCGUCGCUUUGGCGGCGGACAUGUCGAUAAUAACCUACGACGCCGAGCAUCCUGCCAAAGUUCUGAGCCGGACAGAAGAAGAAGUCAACGCCCUGUACGAGUCUUGGUUGGUCAAACACGGAAAGUCGUACAACGGUCUCGCAGGGGAGAGGGAGACGAGGUUCGAGAUCUUUAAGGAUAACCUUAAAUACAUCGACGAGCAGAACAGUCGGAGCGAUCGCCCGUACAAGCUCGGGCUGAACCGAUUCGCUGAUCUGACCAACGAGGAGUACCGGUCAACGUACCUCGGAACCAGGCCGGAAGCUCGCCGGCGAAUCGCUAAGAGGAGAAGAGACCAGUAUUCUCCGAAAGUCGGCGUCAGCUUGCCGGAGUCCGUUGACUGGAGAGAAAAAGGCGCCGUCGCGGAAGUCAAAGAUCAGGGAAGCUGUGGGAGUUGCUGGGCAUUCUCAACCAUUGCUGCAGUGGAAGGGAUAAACCAGAUUGCAACUGGUGAGUUGAUCUCACUAUCUGAACAGGAGCUCGUGGAUUGCGAUACUUCAUACAAUGAAGGGUGCAACGGUGGUCUAAUGGACUACGCCUUUGAGUUCAUUAUUAAGAACGGUGGCAUUGACACAGAGGCCGAUUACCCCUACACUGGUUAUGACGGAAGAUGUGAUCAAGCAAGGAAAAACGCAAAGGUGGUUACUAUUGAUGGGUAUGUGGAUGUUCCUGCUAACAGUGAGAAGGCACUACAGGAGGCGGUGGCGGGCCAGCCAGUUAGUAUUGCCAUUGAAGCCGGUGGCCGCGACUUCCAACUCUAUGCAUCGGGUAUAUUCACUGGAUCAUGUGGAGUGAAUCUUGAUCACGGUGUGGCAGCAGUUGGAUACGGGCAGGAAAAUGGCGUCGAGUACUGGAUAGUAAAGAACUCGUGGGGCGCAUACUGGGGAGAAGAGGGGUACUUGAGAAUGCAACGGAAUGUGAAGGACCCUCAAGGUUUGUGUGGUAUCGCGAUAGAGCCUUCCUACCCUACAAAGAAUGGCACAAAUCCGCCAAAGCCUGGUCCCACCCCUCCAUCCCCUCCAUCCCCCGUUGCACCGUCUAACAUAUGUGAUGAAUACGAUGAGUGCCCAUCUGGCACAACUUGCUGCUGUGUCUUCCCGUUUGCGAACUACUGCUUUGCGUGGGGUUGCUGCCCUCUAGAAAGUGCUGUUUGCUGCGAUGACCACUACAGUUGUUGCCCUCAUGACUACCCCGUUUGCAAUGUUAGACAAGGCACCUGCUCUAUUCGCAAGGAUAACCCGUUUGGAGUGAAGGCGAUGAGACGCACCCCCGCCAAGCGGAUUAGGAGCAAGGGAAUGCAAACAAUCAUUUCUUGAAAACACUCGAGUUUCAACAGUGUGGAAUGAAGGAAGGCGGGUUUGGAGUAUUCCCUUGUUGGGUGUACUGAGAGUGCCACAUAUCAUUCCACAAAUUUUAUGAGCCCCUCUGCAUGACUAAAGGGGCUCCAUUGUUGCUGACCAUCAUUGUAUAUAUACUGUUGUUAUUUGUUGUUGAAUUUCAAAAGGAAAAAACUUGUAAAAGGCAUAUUAUUGUUUAGCAAUUGUCUGAUUAUGUUUAUGAUGGCACUACUGCUUGCUUUGUUCGUUAUUAUUCCUGGAAUCCGGAUGCUUACUUGUAUACUUGUGCUUUCUCUGUACUAAUAAUAAUUUCAUGUACUUAGCAAAUAUCUUUAGCUUUACAAUUUAGUUCUCCAAAAGAUCGAA